CUAAAAAUCAAAUUUCUCUCAAGUCAGACUCAAGUCUUUUUGUCCAUUUAAACUGUCAUUCAGCCCAGCUGCUCCAGACUUUAUCGCUUGUGCAGGUCAGAAGCAUUUGGAGGCCCAUCUAGGUCCAGUCCCAGAUACAUGAUGAGCCUAUCUGGAUCCAGUCUUUGGUUUGGUACACGAAGGUCUAGUCUCUGAGAGACCAAAAAGUGUAUGCCCAUCUAGGUCCAGUCCUAGAUACAUGAUGAAGGUCUAGUCUCCAAGAGCCUAUCCGGAUCCAGUCUUUGGUUUGGUACAUGCAGGUCUAGUCUCCAAGAGUCCAAACAGAUACAGCCCAUCUAGGUCCAGUCCUUGAUACAUGAAAGCUAAGUCCUUGAGAGCCCAACCAGGUCUAACUCUAAGCCCAGCAGUUCAGCAUGGCUCGAUCUCCAACAACUACUAGCAUCAGCAGUGGGAAUGUCACUGUUGUUGGCAAACAAGGGGACUAUAGCCCAGCAGCGAUAGUGGGGGGUCUGCGCGCCCCCUCUCCUGCGCCGAGCGAGGCAAGCACCAGCUCCAGCAACCAGUCUCUGGACCUGAUGCGCUGCAAGAAGUGCAGCGUGGACAACUGCCAGGAGAUGCUGGUGGUGUCGGGGAAGCGGCGCAAGGGUCCGUGGAUGUGCAGCUACCACCGUAAUAAGACGUACAAGGCCAAGAAGAAACAGAAGGACCAGAUGACGACUAACAUUCAAAUGUUCAAGAAAAAGGAAGAAGAGAAUGUACCCAAGCCUUCAAGUCUGCAGUCUAUCCCUGGUGGAGAGAAGUCUGCACCUGAUGAUGGACUACCUAGACUAGACCAGGUCCUCAAUGAGAAGAAACUGGCUCUAUUGAGAUCACCAGCCAUCAUCAAGUUCCUUCAGGAAAGCCAGCAGCAGCUGUCCCACACGCACCAUCAGCAGAGCUCAAGGACAUCAUUCACACCAGGACAUACCUCGGCAUCUUCAAGAGACGAACACUUCCUGCAUGCAUCUCCUCCAAAGUUCGCGAAGGGAGGACAAAUGUGAACUCACAUGUAACAUGACUUUGAACUCCUUGACAUGUUUCAGCAAACAUCAUUCACACCAGGGCAUACCUCGGCAUCUUCAAGAACUCAUGCAACUCCUAGACAUGUUUCAACACUGCCCAGAAUGAAACACUUCCGCAUGUAUCUCCUCCGAAGAGACCAAACCGGCCAAGGAAGAAGAAAUGUGGUCGGAGAAACUCCAGAACAUGUGACAGCACAGCAGUGUUGAUACAAUACUUCUUUCAAGCUGAAUGUCUUUCCAAGUUGGCAAAGGAGGAAAAAUGUGGACAUGUUUCAGUAUUGUUUCAGUUACCUCCAGAAGUUAGCAAAGAGAUGAAUGUCAUCAAAUAUGGUUCGGUCACUCCUAGACAUACUGCAGCAACACCAAGAUAUAAACAGUUCCUUAUUACACCUUUUAACAAGCUGGAGAAGGAAGGGCAAACACGUGGACACGUUCUCCGAGAUGAACGCUUCCUAGACGUGUCUUCUCCUUAUCUUGCAAAGGGGAAGACGAUGUGAUCCUAAUUGUGUGGUGGUGGUUAUUUUACCCGACUGCUAAGAAGCAUAAAUGCUUGUUAAUAAGCAACCAGACGGCCGGCGGCUUUAGGUCCUUUUCUACGGGCCUGUGUAAAACCCAUGGCGUGUAAAUGAGCCAUUACUUCAUUAUCUAAUGCCCAGUUUAUAUUUUGACUGUGCAAUUUUUGUAAAUGGAUGUAAAUACAUUGAUAUGUUAAUAAAUUAUUGAACAACUGAAA